AUGGAUUGGUUGCUGUUUCGCAUCUUUUUGAUGUCAUGUGUAAUUCUAAAUGUAACUGCUGAAUCGUAUUAUAGCAUAGUAGCUCCAAAAGUGGUACGACCUGAUUCAGAAUAUCAUGUAGCUGUAAGUAUUACUGGUGUAUCAACACCAUCAACAAUAUACAUUGAAUUAACAGGAUUGCUUGACAACAAAGAAAUAUUCAAUGUAUCUCAAGUGACACGUAUACAACCAUAUUCCACAAGAAUCUUACGCCUUGAGAUUGGGGAUAUUACUCCUGGUAAUUACACAUUAAUUGCACGUGGUGUAUCAGGAAUAGAAUUUUUGGAUUCAAAGCCAGUACAAUAUAUUCUUAAAAGUUAUUCAGUAUUUAUUCAAACUGAUAGAGCAAUUUAUAAACCAGGAAAUAAAGUUAUGUUUCGAUGCAUUUUACUGAAUUCUAGACUUAGACCCGCACUUGAAAGAUUAGAGAAUAUUUAUAUUACAGAUGGAAAAGGAAAUAGAAUUAAACAAUGGACUCAGCCACCUGUAACUCAUGGAAUCUUUAAUGGAGAAAUUGAAUUGUCUGAGUCCCCAGUUUUAGGAUCUUGGAAAAUAGCAGCAAAUAUUGGUGGCCAAACCUUUGAAAAGGAAUUUGAAGUUGCAGAAUAUAUUUUACCUAAUUUUGAAGUAACAAUUGAUACUCCUAAACACUUUACAUUUAAAGAAUCAAAAAUUACUGCAACAAUCCAUGCCAAGUAUACUUAUGGUAAGCCAGUGAAAGGAGAAGCAACAAUUACUGCUUAUCCUGAUAUUUUUUCUGGUGUAAUACAACCAAUAUAUCAACAACCUAUACGAAAAGUGGUUCCAAUAGAUGGAAAAGUGAUUGUCGAUUUUGACAUUCAUUCUGAAUUAAGAUUGACCGAUGAAUACGAAAGACCAGUUAUGAUUGAUGUUACAGUGGAAGAAUCUCUAACUGGUAGAAGACAAAAUACAUCUACACACAUAACAUUACACAAGCAUAAAUACACAAUGGAUUUAAUAAAAACAUCAGAAUACUAUAAACCAGGUCUAAAAUAUACAGCGUUUAUAAAAUUAACUUAUCAUGAUGGGGCACCAGUGCGAGAUAAUAAGAAUCCUGUUACAAUAAUGUAUGGAUAUACUUAUAAUCAGUCUGUAUAUACGAAUAUUACUGGUAUGUUAGACGAAAAUGGAAUGGUAAAAUUGGAUUUUUAUCCACCAAAAACUAAAGAUAACAAUUCAUUUCCUUUAAAUAUUGAGGCUCAAUAUUUGAAUCUUCACGAAUGGUUCCCAUCUACAAACCAAGCUAUGUCUUUGAAUAAUGAAUAUAUACAAGCUAUUUUAAAAACUGAAAACCCUAUGGUUAAUCGAGACGUCGAAAUUGAAGUUAAUUCUACAAUUCCAUUGAAAUAUAUUAAUUAUGAAAUAUUUGGACGUGGUGACAUUUUGGAUGCUGAUUCUAUAUAUGUUCAAAAUAAGCACACAACGAGUUUUAAAUUCUUAGCAACAUAUGUUAUGGCUCCUACCGCACACGUAAUUGUAUAUUACGUAGGAAGUGAUGGAGAAGUUAUUGCGGAUGCUUUAGAUGUAGAACUUGAAGGAGUACUUCAAAACUUUGUUGAUAUUAAAAUAGCACCUGAAGAAGUUGCACCAGGAGAAAAUGUCAACUUACUCAUUACUUCAAAACCAAAUUCAUAUGUUGGAUUAUUAGGUGUAGAUCAGAGAUCUAUUUUACUAAAAUCUGGCAAUGACAUUUCAUAUGAACAAAUAUACAAAGAGUUAAAAUCAUAUGACAUGGUAUACGAAUCACCUUAUGCAGCUUCAGUUUUCGAUCGAUAUUUAUGGAGUCCUGGUUCAGCUACCGCAAACGAUGUUUUCAGUGAAAGUGGUGCUAUCAUUAUGACAAAUGGAUAUGUUCAUGAAAAUCUUCCAAUUCGACAACUGGGAAUACUGGAAGGUAGAAUAACAGGCUCGCCUCAUGGGGCAUCCACACUUCGACCAGACAUUGGUCCACCUGUUAUGCACAAACUAGCAACAAGACCACCACUGGCAGGUCCUUAUGCCUUCUCUCGCAUCCCACCUCCUGUUUGGAAUAAGCCCCGUGUAUUCCUAAUGCAUGACAUCUUAAACACCUGGCUUUUUACAAACUUCUCUUCAGGGUAUGAUGGAAAAAAUGAACUUAAAAGAAAUGUGCCUGAUUCAGUAACAUCAUGGGUACUCACUGCAUUUUCUGUAAAUGAUGUCCAUGGACUAGGUCUUAUACAAGAACCACGAAAGUUAAAGGUUUUUAGACCAUUUUUCAUUGCUGUAGACCUCCCUUACUCUGUGAUUCGAGGAGAAAUUGUUGCAAUACAAAUUGUAGUAUUUAAUUACAUGAAUAAGAACGUAGUAGCUGAAGUUUUAUUAUCAAACGAAGGUCAAUUUGAUUUUGCAGAAAUAUCAAAUGAAGUUCAUGAUGUGCCAAAAUUAGAAUUAUAUCGCAAGAAGAAAGUAGAAGUAAAAGCCAAUUCUGGCAGUACUGUUUCUUUCAUGAUUAUACCACGAGAAUUGGGAUAUAUUACAAUUAAAGCAACUGCAAAUAGUAUAUUAGCUGGUGAUAGUGUUGAACAUAAACUGCUUGUUAAGGCUGAAGGAGAGGCACAGUAUAUAAAUAAAGCUACUUUCUUGGAUCUUAGAAGUACAGCAAAUACAUUUACCAAUGUUACAAUUGAUAUACCUAAAAAUGCUGUACCAGGUUCAGAACAUAUUGAAAUUUCUGCAGUAGGCGAUAUUUUAGGUCCAAGUAUUCUUAAUUUAGCAAAUUUAAUUAAAAUGCCAUCUGGUUGUGGAGAACAAAAUAUGCUAAAUUUUGUUCCAAAUAUAAUGAUAUUAAAUUAUUUGAAAAAUACAAAUCAAUUAACACAAGCAGUACAAGGUAAAGCACUUAGAUAUAUGGAAAUAGGCUAUCAAAGAGAAUUAACUUACAGACAUAAUGAUGGAUCAUUUAGUGCAUUUGGCAUGUCAGAUAGUAAUGGAUGUACAUGGCUUACUGCCUUUGUGGCUAAAGCUUUUAAACAAGCUGCUACAUACAUUCCAAUCGAAGAUAAGAUAAUAGAUGAAGCUCUACAAUGGUUAUCGAAUAAUCAAGCUCCAAAUGGAAGUUUUCCUGAAGUAGGGAGAGUUAGCCAUCGGGAUAUGCAAGGUGGAGCUGCAAAAGGUCUUGCACUGACAGCAUUUACUCUUAUUGCUUUUCUUGAAAAUGCAGACUCUAAUGGAAAAUAUAGAAACACAAUAAACAAAGGAAUUGAUUACAUUGUCCGUAACAUGAAUGAACUUGAUGAUAUUUAUGCUUUGAGUAUAUGCACAUAUGCUUUAAAUUUAGCAAAACACCCAUAUGAGAAUGCUGCUUUUAAUUUACUAGAAUCAAAAGCUUUGACAAAAGAAGAUCUUAAAUGGUGGAGCAAACCCGUGCCAAUAAAUGAUAAGAAUCCGUGGUAUUAUUCGGUACCACGGUCUGUUGACAUUGAAAUGACAUCUUAUAUUUUAUUAACUUAUUUAAGACGUAAUUUAGUUGCUGAUUCCAUACCUGUAAUGAAGUGGCUUGUAAAACAAAGAAAUGCAGAAGGUGGUUUUGCAUCGACACAGGAUACAGUAAUUGGAAUACAAGCUUUGGCAGAGUUAGGUGAAAACUUGGCAACAAAAAAUAAUGCCAUUUCUAUAAUAUUUAUGUAUGAAGGAGGUGGACAGAGUCAAAUGAAUAUAAAUCCUGAUAAUUCUAUGAUACUUCAAAAACAAGUGCUUCCAAGAAAAAUACGACUAGUUAAUAUAACAGCUACUGGAAGUGGAUUUGCAUUGGUUCAAGUUUCAUUCCAAUAUAAUUUAAACGUAACUGGAGCAUGGCCUCUUUUUACUUUAGAUCCUCAAGUAGACAAAAAUUCCAAUGCUAAUCAUUUACAACUUUCUGUUUGUUCUAGUUUUGUCCCAACUAAAGAAGCAAAUGAAAGUAAUAUGGUUGUGAUGGAAGUCAGUUUACCUUCAGGUUUUACCGUGGACAAGGAAUCACUACCUAGUCUUGAAGUCUCCCAAAAUGUAAAGCGAGUAGAAACUAAGAACGGUGAUACACUUGUGGUAUUAUAUUUUGACGAGAUGAAUAGACAAGAAUAUUGCCCUACAGUAUCUGCAUUUAGAACGCAUAAAGUGGCAAAACAGAAACCAGUACCAGUUACUAUAUACGAUUAUUACGAUUCAUCAAGAAGAGCACGAGUAUUUUAUGAACCAAGAAAAGCCACACUUUGUGAUAUAUGUGAGGAUGAAGAUUGUGAAGAUUUAUGUGUUUCACAACCUGGUAAACAAAAAGAUUCUUCACAAUCAACUGCUUCGUAUUUAUCUUUUUGUAUAUACCUACAGUCAUUACUUACUCUGUUUUAUAUUCCAUAUUAUUGUAACAUUUGUAAUUAUAGUUUUAUUUUCUAA